AUGAAUACAGAGAUAAAUAAUUAUCAAUGCAAUGAUAGAAAAUAUAAAUAUAAUAGUGAGCAAAAACAAUGUGAAAGUAGACCCACUGUAGAAUUUUCUAACGUUUGCACGGGUUCUUUACAAUCCAAUAUAAAGGGUAGUCAAUGUAUAGAGUUUAUGUUGCAGAAAAAAUCAAUAUACACUACAGAAUUGCAAGGAAACUGGAAAAAUGGGUUACCUGAAUGUAAAACGGAUGCUUCAAACCCUUCUAUGCCAUUUCCUGUCAAUGCAAAGCAAUAUCAUCGUAUUUUAAAACGUCGACAAGCAAGAAAACAUCUUCAGGGAGCUCUUAAGGAGCUUUCAAAUAAGCCAUACUUACAUGAAAGUCGACAUAAACAUGCAGUACGUCGACCACGUGGUCCAAGUGGUAGAUUUGUUGGUAGUGGUGAUGUAAAGCUAGGCUCGAAUAUAGAGGUAAUAAUGGCUCAAAAAACUGGGGAAAUAUAG